UUAUGACAAGACAAGAAAUCGAAAACGUCUAGAAGCGACGAGUCGUCCUUAUACGGAAAAUACUUUGCGAUUACUUUGAGUUUGAGAAUUCAUAAGGAAAAAAUUUGAAUUUAUUGUCAAAUAUUAAAAAAUCAAAACCAAAACAAUAAAUUUAAAGUCCUAAUAGAGGAGAAAUAAUUCCGCGGAGGUGACCAUAACGAAUCCCCGAUAUAAGUCUAGCAAAACGUUUCACCACUUUUGGCCACGAAAUGGCGACAUCGACUGCAACAUAUGCAUCAUUCCAAGACAGGAUUCAAGGCUUCAUUAAUGGAUUUGGCGACAAAUAUGAGCCCUAUGUACGUACCCAUUUGGCUAAAGUAUAUAUGGUUUUAGGAGCCGCAACGGCCAGCACAGCCGUGGGAGCUGCGCUUCACUUGUGGGGCGUUAUAAACCUCGGGCUAUUGGCAGCACUGGCUUCCUUGGGGCUUGUGUUGGGUCUACAUUUUUAUAGAGACGAUGGAAAAAAUUACUAUACUCGUCUAAGCAUGUUAAUGGCGUUCGGCUUUUGUUCCGGCCAGACUCUGGGUCCGCUAAUGCAAUAUAUCAUUAGCAUCAAUCCGUCGAUAAUAUUAACUGCGCUCACAGGCACCGUGGUGACCUUUAUCUCACUCUCAUUGGGUGCAUUAUUGGCAGAACGUGGAAAAUAUCUUUAUUUGGGCGGAUUGUUAAUUAGUGUCAUUAAUACCAUGGCCUUAUUAAGUCUUUUCAAUAUGUUUUUCCAGUCGUACUUUGUUCAGCAGACUCAACUGUAUGUAGGUGUAUUUGUAAUGGCUGCUUUUGUGGUCUUUGAUACACAAAACAUAGUGGAGAAAUGUCGUGCAGGCAAUCGUGAUGUGGUACAACAUGCUUUGGAUUUGUUCUUUGAUGUUUUGAGCAUGUUUAGACGUUUGCUAAUUAUUUUAACACAAAAGCUUAAGCAUCAUUUUCUCUCAUAAAUAACUGAACCGCUAAGUUUAUUACUGAGGCUUUCUUGUUAAAGGAAAAAUUCAAGUCCAAUGGCGUGCUACUCA